AUGUUACGGAACACAGAUGUUCGACUCUUUUCAACAUUCGCGCUAAAUCCAGAAACAUCAGUUGCACCGCAUGGGCCGCCUCGGGGGCUGGUUAAUCGUUAUGUUUCGAUGGGUCUCCCGCCGUGGGCGGCGUGGUGCAACAAAGUUAAUCGUUAUUCUCUUUACCGUAUGAGUGGUGUUACGCAGCGUUCUUUUUUACCGAAGCCACCGCAAGAGAUGGAUGUUAUUUGGCUCAACGAACGUGUUCGUGAGCGGGUGCGUACAUCCCGACAGGUUCAAAACGUUUAUCGGCAGUUGAAAUACCCGUAUGUGAAGACGGGGAUUCACUAUAGUGAUGUGCUUGACCACUGGGUACAGGUGCCAAUGGUGGAGGCGGCAAUGUUUGAAGUUGAGAAGGAUGGUGGAUUCGAUAACUUUAUUUUGAAGCGCAGUGGCCCAGAACUACGCUCCACGUAUGGAGAGCGGAUCCGUCGCCAUAUUUUAGUGAGGCAGAAGGAAAUACAGAAAAAUUUCGUCCUGCAGAAGCAGGCUCAAAUGCUUGUGGAGUCGAUGGAAAAGGAAAUUCUCCCCAUGGAAGACGGAAAAAAGGUUGAAGAGGUUUUAGAAAAGUACGGAAUCGACAAGGAGCAACUAUUGCGUGACAUUGCGCGCGCUGCGGUGGCGAAGAAACAGCAGUUGGCUUCAGCGGUACCACAACCUUCUCAUGUGGAGGUCUCGACUAAUUGA